CGUAAAGCGGAAGUGUCGUGAUUUACGGCAAAGUGGUAUUGGCCCGGCAGGGGAAAGGGGGCGGGGUUUGUUGAUGGCAUUAGAACGCGGCCGGUGAGCGGAGCCACGUGGGAAGCGGAGGAGAGGAAGGAGGCAUGUCAUUUCGAGGAAGAGGAGGUGGUCGUGGUGGUGGAUUCAACCGAGGCGGCGGUGGUGGAUUCAACCGAGGCGGCAGCGGCGGCGGCUUCAGUAGAGGUGGCCGUGGUGGUGGAAGAGGUGGAUUUGGACGCGGAGGAGGACGCGGAGGCUUCAACAGGGGUGGAUAUGACCAGGGACCCCCGGAAAGUGUAGUCAUUCUGGGAGAAUUUAUGCACCCUUGUGAAGAUGAUAUUGUCUGCAAAUGCGUCACUCAAGAAAGUAAAGUACCUUAUUUCAAUGCACCGGUUUAUUUAGAAAACAAAGAGCAGAUUGGAAAAGUCGAUGAAAUAUUUGGGCAGCUCAGAGACUUUUAUUUUUCAGUCAAACUGUCAGAAAACAUGAAAGCGUCCUCCUUCAAAAAGCUACAAAAGUUUUAUAUCGAUCCAGCAAAAUUGCUCCCUCUGCAAAGGUUUUUGCCAAGGCCUCCAGGAGAGAAAGGACCUCCUAGAGGUGGUAGAGGAGGCCGUGGAGGAAGAGGAGGAGGCCGAGGUGGAGGUGGCAGAGGAGGAGGUGGUUUCAGGGGUGGCAGAGGCGGAGGAGGGUUCAGAGGAGGACGAGGUGGUGGAGGUGGUGGCCGAGGCUUUAGAGGUAGAGGACGCUAAAAGUGAAACAACACAUCAUGGCUGCAUCUGCAAAAUACAAUGAGAAAAUUUCUUAUGAACUUGCUACCAAAGGGACAAUUUGAAGCAUACAAUGAUCUGAAACUUGCAUCUAUACUUGAUGGAUGUCUUCUAAAAUGGAACAACUUAAGAAGAAGUGCCGAUACUUUUUUCCAAAUAUACUUGGAUCUCUGUUGGGCUUUAGACAUUAAAUGGAUGUUAUUUUUAAACCUUUUUUAGGAAGUCAUUUUUAUAUCUAAAAUUUCUUACUGAUGUUGGGAAAUUUAAACAUUUGCUGCAUAAAAUAUAAAUAGCAAACUUUUGGACUUAUUUUUAAAGUCUUUGUGUUUUAUUUGUCAGUCUUAAAAUAGAGCCAUGAAAACUUGAUUAUCAAAAUAACUUUUACAUGAUUUCAGAACUAAUUUAAAUUAAAAGCUAAUUUAAACACCACAAUGAAUAAUAUGUCCAAAUGUCAGAAGUCUCCUUAAACCAAUAGUGUAGUAUGGAGCUAUAACUAUACUUUUAUUAUGUCUUAGAACUAACGCUGCAUCUGCACUGCAGAAAUAAUCCUGGUUGACACCACUUUAAUUACCAUGGCUCAGUGCUAUGGAUUCCUGGGAAUUGUAGUUUGUUGUGGCACCAGAGCUCUCUGACAGAGGAGGCUAAAUUUCUCUCAAAGCUACAAUUCCCAGAAUUCCAUAGCAUUGAGCAAUGGCAGGUAAAGCUGUGUCAGCCUGGAUUAUUUCUGCAGUGCAGAUGCAUCUUAAAAUAUGUUGGCAGGCUUCUUGUCUUUUUGUUUUAUAACCACUGCUCUCACCUGAAUAGUGAGAUGACAAGCAUAGAGAUCAUGUGCUGUCAAUACAGGGCUUUUGUAAAUUAGGAGGAAAAUAUUAUUUAGCAGCUUUUAUUCAUGAAAUGAAGACCUGCUGAUUGAUUUUUUGUAAUUCAUGGGAUUGUCUAUUUAGGGAUAUUGUUGAAGCAACUGGUACAUUUUGUUCUUCAAGCUCUAGAAGGAGAGGAGUGGUGUUAAAAGGCCAGAGUUCAGAGGUUAGACCUGUAACAUCCUGAAGAUGUCUGUAAAAUCAGAUAAAAAGAUUAACACACAUAAAGUUCUACAUGAGAGCUGAGCUAAUCCCUUUCUCAGUGAUGUUAGGGAAUACUCUGCAUUGUUGCAUGUUGUCUGUAGAAAAGAAUGGAAAGGAACUCGUGUGCAAAUGAUGAAUCUUUUGUGCUAAAUCUCAGUUUUUAACUCUUAAAUAACUCUUGGUUAAUUUCUGUACUGUUCGCUGUAUGAGUGAAAUAAAUUUAUGAAAUGGAAA